CACCGCGCACACCUCACACACCUCGCACACCUCGCACGCCUUGCACACCCUGCACACCCUGCACAGCGCGCACCCCCUCGCUGUUCGACUCCGCUCCUAUACACGACUCUGUAGCACAUUGCCGCUGUCAUAGUAACGAGCUCUGGCACCAGUCGAGUCCAAGCCCCACCGGCUGGGCCUCCACACUCCUACAUAUCUCGGUGCACGCGGCUACCUUACGGACACGCAAACGCCCCAUAUACCCCGGCCCUUCGCGUCCGACAUGCGCGAGCUGCCCAGAAUAUAGAGUGCGGUAAAGAGUGCAGCUGCUCCCUUGCCGCCCCCAGAUUCUCCACCACCCCCGCCAAAUGAACGGCCACACCAAUGGCGUCCACGGCAGCGAUGGCGCAGGCCAGUCGGGAGGCGCUGGCGGUUCCAACCCACCCAUCGCAGAGAUCGUGGGCUCGGCGACCGAGACAGUAGAGGGUCUGAGACACCAUUCGAUCAAGCACCUGCUCGACCAUGCAAGGCAACACUUCAGCUCAGCCAGAAUCAUGCUCGGCAACCGCUCUCCUGUCGCCGGGGCAUACUGGGAAUACUUAGUUGCCUACCAAAUUGUCGCGGUUCUGGUCCCUCAGCAUGGCGACUACCACGACAAGAUCGCCGGCAGCCGCAACCAGACACAUCGCGACUACAACACGCUGCUCAAGGAGAUCUCUUCGGCGGAAGAGCAGUUUGUGCGCAUAAAGAACAUCAUCAAGAACGACAACUUGAGAAAUGGCGCCCAUCACACCAGGUCCGAGUCAGCUUCAUCCUACAUGAGGCCGGACUCGCGCAAUGGUACGGCAGUGCCCAGGAGAGACGAUGAGUUGAUGUUACCGAGUGUGCCCGCUUCAGCGCCAGGUGGUCGAGCUUCACCUGCCGGCUCAGCUGAUUCUGCACGGAGAAAGCCAGUACCGCAGCCUAAGCCGCAGUCGUUACACGGUCGUGCUGUUCACCAAAGCUCGUCAUCCAUCAACGGAGAUCUCGCCGACCGCUUUGCAAAGCUUCGUGGGGCUGGGCCACCGGUGGACGCAAGCUCAGCUCGCUCGAGCCAGGAUCUGUCUGUCAAGAUGCCGUCUCCUGCAGACUACCAGUCUUCCAUUCGCCUAGUCGGCCCUCGUGACAUGCCACCACCCCCGUCACGCCUACUACCGAAACUGCCACUUGACAUAGGCAUGGCAGCUUCGUUCCCAAAGGAACCGAGUCCGACCUAUAGUCCAGCACGCAACAUCUCACUGCCCGCGAACAUUGCGCCACCUCGAAGUACGCCGCGAAGUAUGAAUGGUACUGGUGGACGCAGCAACUCGUUGGCAGCUUCGACUUCGAGUAUCUCGAGCCACGCGCCUAACACGAAUAGUACACCGGACUCGUACUUCCCAACACAGCAAGCGCCUCGUGCGCAAGCUGGCCGAACACGGUCCGUCAGUGCUGCCAUAGAGCUCGAGAUCGAUGCGGCCAAGCUUUACGACUACUUGCGCAUGUUCAACGUCUUAGUGAUUGACGUACGAGAUCGAUCGUCUUUUGAUGCAGGCCACGUCUACCAGCGCUCGGUCAUGUGUCUAGAGCCAUCAACACUGCAAGACGGCGACUCCGCAGAGCAGCUCUCAGACCGCCUAGUCAUCUCGCCAGACGAGGAACAAGCCAUGUUCGACAGACGUCACGAGUACGAUGUAGUCGUCUACUACAACGAUUCAACGAUGAACACGGACUUUUUGACGAAGCAAAGCCGGACUGAAGACGAAGUGGCGCUCAAACGCCUGUUUGAUACCCUGCAGGAGUUUAAUGUGGAGAAGCCAUUGAAGCGACCACCGAUCCUACUGAAGGGUGGUCUCGAUGCCUGGAUCGAUUUGGUAGGACCUCAGGCAUUGAAGAUGUCAACAACUGCUGCGCUACUAGCUACUGGCCAGACGAGGCCUCGAGGCGUUCGCCGAGCGCCUGCUGCGACGCAUGCCGCCAAGCUGAACCUGCAACGCCGAAGACGAGAGUAUGUGCCAAUGGACCCCGAGGAGGAGCAGAAGUGGCUGGAGGAAGCUCGAAAGGGCAGAGCCGUGGUCGAGCAGCCGCCUGCAGACGAAGAGAGUGAGGAGCCCGAGUCACCAUUCUAUCGCACAACCGAGGAUUUCUUACGAAGAUUCCCCGAUGUUGAAGGAGGACAGUCCAUGAUGCAAGCAGCUCCACGUCCGCCACCAGUGCCCCAGUAUGUCGCGCCAGCCAUACCUGUUGCGCCGUCUCGACCACCACCUUCCGUUCCUCGAGUCAGCUACAGCGGUGUUCACGAGCGACAGGUGGCUCCGCAGGGUCGUACCAACCAGCCGCCGGUCUACAUCUCGCAGCCGCACUUUACAAACGUCCGCAUGCACAAAACCGGGCUGAUCAACUUUGGCGUGACUUGCUACAUGAAUUCGGUAGUGCAGUGUCUAAGUGCGCACCUGGUGCUCUCCGACUUGUUCUUGACAGGACGGUACAAUCGAGACCUGCAAAGGGAAAACUGGAAAGGAACGAAGGGAAUCUUGCCUGAGGCCUACGCCACCCUGAUAUCUAAUUUGUUCAAGGGCGACAUUAGUGCUGUUCGUCCGAGUACAUUCAGGAGGAUCUGUGGUCACUUCAACUCUCAGUGGGGUGUCGAUCAGCAGCAAGACGCCAAGGAGUUCCUCGAGUUCGUCCUUGACUUCAUGCACGAGGACCUCAAUGUCACCUGGAACAAGACCCCUCUCCAGCCCCUUACGGAGAAACAAGAGCUGCAAAGAGAGCAGUUCCCUCGACAAUACGCUGCGAAGAUCGAAUGGGCACGAUACCAGCAUCGCGAUAUGUCCGUCAUCGGCGGCAUGUUCGCGGGUCAGCACGCUUCGCAGCUAACAUGUCAAUCUUGUGGAAUCACAAGUACAACGUACGAGGCCUUCUGGAGCCUGAGCUUGGAGAUUCCUCGCGAUCAAGCGUGCGACGUAAGAGACUGCCUGCGAUCGUACUGCGCUGCCGAACGCCUGGCAGGAGACGAGCUUUGGCGUUGCCCCAGAUGUAAGAAGGAUCGCGAGGCCGUCAAAAAGAUCACGAUCACGCGAGCACCUGACACACUCGUUGUUCACUUCAAGCGUUUCAGUGCGUCACACAACGAGAGUGCUCGCAAAGUGCGGACUCCCAUCAACUUUCCUCUUCAAGGCCUGGACAUGAGCCCCUUCAUGGAUCAGCCUAUGACACCAGAGCAAGAACAGUAUAUCGCACGAAACGCUCCCGAUGGUCCGGCACAACUGGCUGGCCUGAAAGCAGACCCAACCAUGAACGGACCAUACAUCUACAACGCAUACGCCGUCAUUCACCACAUCGGCGCGACUCUUGGAAGCGGUCAUUACACUGCGUUCGUCAAAGACAAGGCUAGGGGCUGUUGGCGAUCGUUCAAUGAUGACCGACUUGUCGACUUCGAGCCCGGCAACUUGCAGCCGAAGGAUCGUUUGCAAAACGAACGAGCCUACAUCGUGUUCUACGAGCGCGAGAGAGUCGCGGGCGGCGCCUUCUAGGCUUCGGCGCUUCGCCCACUUCUCAGUACCAUCACGACCAAGUUCGAUUCUCUGUCACAUAUUGCCUACACUUGGAUAUCGCAGUAUCAUUCCGCAUUGCGGCGGCGUUUACCGUUGGGAUUAGCGUCACAGUCAUUUGUUUUGAGUUUUGAUACCUUUGAGUCACGAAGGGGUGGAGAUUUUGUCUUUUCGAGGGCGUUCAGCAUGCGUUGUGUGGGCUCGAAUAGAGGUAUUGGUGAUACCACGACCGGAAAACAGCAUUCGUUCAAUGAGAAUUAUCUUAUCC